AUGAAAAACAACACGAUAAGCACCUUCAUUCUGUUGGGACUAACAGAUGACCCUCAGCUCCAGAUUCCAGUUUUCCUGUUCCUGUUUUUUGCCUACAUGUUGAGUGUAACCGGAAAUCUGACUAUCAUAUUCCUCACUGUACUGGACUCCCACCUUAAGACACCCAUGUACUUUUUUCUACAAAAUUUCUCCAUAUUAGAAAUUUCAUUUACAUCUGCUUGUAUUCCUAGAUAUUUGUACAACAUAGCAACAGGAGACAGGUCAAUUCCUUAUAAUGUUUGUGUCAUUCAAGUGUUUUUUACUGAUGUUUUUGGAGUAACUGAGUUUUUUCUUCUGGCCAUUAUGUCCUAUGACCGCUAUGUGGCCAUCUGCAAACCACUGCACUAUGUAACCAUCAUGAGCAGCAAGAUGUGUCAGAAGCUUGUUCUCUGCUGCUGGGCAGCUGGCUUGUUGAUCAUACUCCCACCACUUACCCUGUUCCUAAAUUUGAAAUUCUGUGAGUCAAAUGUUAUUGAUUAUUUCUUCUGCGAUGCAUCUCCCAUCUUGAAGAUUUCAUGCUCAGACACUUGGCUUAUAGAGCAGCUGGUGAUUGUCUGUGCAGUGCUAACCUUCAUUCUGACCCUGGUGUGUGUUGUUCUGUCCUACAUACGCAUCAUCAAGACCAUCCUAAGAUUCCCCUCUCCCCAGCAGAGGAAAAAGGCCUUCUCCACUUGUUCUUCUCACAUGAUUGUAGUUUCAAUCACUUAUGGAAGCUGUAUUUUCAUUUACAUCAACCCUUCAGCAAAGGAAUCUGUGGCUAUCAAUAAAGGUGUAGCAGUUCUGAUGACAUCAGUUGUUCCCAUGUUGAACCCAUUCAUUUACACUCUGAGAAAUAAGCAAGUUAGGCAAGCCUUCAGUGAUUCCUUCAAAAAAAUUGCCAUGAUCUCAAUGAAGAAAGAGAAUGUACAAAUGUAG